AUAUUAUUAUGAAGAAGCAUUUUAACACAGAUAGAAAAAUCGGUUCAAAGAAAAUUAUUCAAAAUAAUGCAAAAAUAUGAAAAAUUGGAGAAGAUUGGAGAAGGAACCUAUGGAACAGUAUUUAAAGCCAAGAACAGAGAAACACAUGAAGUUGUCGCCUUAAAGAGAGUGCGUCUGGAUGAUGACGAUGAGGGUGUUCCAAGUUCAGCUUUGAGAGAGAUUUGCUUGUUAAAAGAACUGAAGCACAAGAAUAUUGUGAGGUUACAUGAUGUCCUUCACAGUGAGAAGAAACUGACCCUGGUGUUUGAGUAUUGUGACCAGGAUCUAAAGAAGUACUUUGACAGCUGUAACGGGGAGAUAGAUCAGGACAUUGUCAAGUCCUUCAUGUACCAACUGCUAAGGGGACUGGCCUUCUGUCACAGUAACAAUGUACUACACAGAGAUCUGAAGCCCCAGAAUCUACUGAUAAACAAGAAUGGUGAACUGAAACUAGCAGAUUUUGGUUUGGCUAGAGCAUUUGGAAUACCAGUGCGGUUUUAUUCUGCCGAGGUGGUUACGCUGUGGUACAGACCUCCCGAUGUUCUGUUUGGAGCCAAAAUGUACUCGACUUCCAUUGACAUGUGGUCGGCGGGCUGUAUAUUUGCAGAAAUGACCAAUGCUGGCAGACCACUCUUCCCAGGCAAUGAUGUGGAAGACCAACUCAAAAGAAUUUUUAAAUUGCUUGGAACACCCACAGAGGAGUCCUGGCCAGGUAUUAGUCAACUCCCAGAAUACAAGCCAUUCCCUAUGUAUCAUGUCAGUACAACAUGGAUGCAAGUCGUCCCAAAGUUAAAUCCAAAGGGACGUGACCUCCUACAGCGGCUCCUGAUCUGUAACCCACCAGGACGACUGUCGGCCGAGGAGGGCAUGCUUCACCAAUACUUCAGUGACCUUGACCCUGCCAUUAAACUUGCUACAGAUAACUCCGCACUCAUUGUACAAGGGAGAUAACCCAUUAGGUUCAUUUUAGGAGACAACAAAUUCUAGUCAAGAGUGUAUGAUCUCAUCGCUUAGGGAAUGUACAUGUGAAUUGUUCCUGGCAUAUUGAAGGGGUGUAAAAUGUUUAUUCUUGGCUGAAUUUUAAAGGAAUGGUCAUCUAAAGAGAUUGUCAAAAGACGUGUUAUUUUUAGUUUGUAUAAAGAUGUGAUUUACAUGUAUAUGCAGCUGAGUAAUUCAGUGUGAAACCAAUUUCAGCUCCAAAAACAAGCAUGCACAUAUACAAGGAAAAUUUGAAUUAAGCAUUGUUUGUACAUAAAAGUAGUGAAUUGAGAAGGAAAAGGGAACGUUUUUCAAAAGAUGUAUGGCUGUGAUUUGUUUGAACAUGUUUUGUUAUAGAUGUAAAUAAUUUACAUUAAUUUAUAA